CUGCUCCAUCGUUUGGGGUGUGGGUGCGAGGAGAGACCCCAGAAGGGGGUACCUGGGGGGGGACAACUGGUCUGUGUGGGACAUGACCAGGUCCCAGCCCCCCCUCACCCUGGGGGGGGUGAAGAAGAAAACCUUCACCCCCAACAUAAUUAGCAGGAAGAUCAAGGAAGAGCCCAGAGAAGAUGUCACCAUCAAGAAGGAGAAGAAAGAACGGGACCGGGACCGGCAACGCGACGGGCACGGCCGGGGUCGGGGCAGGCCCGAGGUCAUCCAGUCCCACUCCAUCUUCGAGCAGGGUCCUGCUGAGAUGAUGAAGAAGAAAGGUUCCUGGGACAAGACGGUGGACAUGUCGGACUUUGGGCCUUCCCACAUCAUCAACAUCAAGAAGGAGAAGAGGGAGACGGACGAGGAGACGAAGCAGAUCCUGCGGAUGCUGCAGAAGGACGAUUUCCUGGAUGACCCAGGGCUGAAGAACGACAUCCGUAACAAGCCGGUUCAGUUGCCGCUGGCCCACUCGGGCUGGCUCUUCAAGGAGGAGGCAACGGAGCAGGAGGACACCCAGCCCUGGUUGCCCAGCCCCAAGGAGGAGAAGAUGGAGCUGGACCCACCAGUGAAAGUGAAAGAAGAGCCCUGUGAUGAGGACCCCCUGCCCCCCAGGGCAGCACAAAGCAAAGGACCCCCCCCGGGUUUUCCCCGGGACGUCUCGGUGGCCGAGCUGCUGCAGCGGUUGAGCCUCUCAACCGAGGAGGAACUCCUCUUCCUCCAGUUGCCCGACACCCUCCCGGGACAACCCCCCACCCAGGACACCAAACCCAUCAAGACGGAGCUGCAGACCGAGGAAGGGCAAGUGAUGGUGGUGAAGCAGGAGAAGAGCCAGGAGGCGAGGCAGGCGGAGAACACCUGCACCUUGGCCGACCUCCCCGAGGGACAAGUGGGGAAACUGCUCAUCCGAAAGUCAGGAAAAGUGCAGCUGGUGCUGGGGAAGGUGACCCUGGACGUGACCAUGGGGACCCCCUGCUCCUUCUUACAGGAGUUGGUGUCCGUUGGCAUCGGGGACAACCGGACGGGGGAGAUGAUCGUCCUGGGCCACGUGAAGCACAAGUUGGUGUGUUCCCCGGAUUUUGAGGCUCUGCUGGAGCACCGGCACCGAUAGCCCCCCGGGG